AGCCUACUGUCAGUCAAGGUGAUAAAAGCAUUGUAUUGUUCUAAAUUCGAACAAUACAACUUCUAACUCCCUUUUCGUUGCCGCUGAUAAAAGGACGUGAAACACUAAUGCACUCCAACAUUUUGGUCAGCGAAACAAAUUCAGAGCAAUGGUUGUGGGCACUUACAGCGCGGGCCUGAGCAUGACAACUUUCACCAAGAGGGACAGUCUUCCAACAGAAGUAAGUUUCAACAAACUGUUUCAUGAAGCCGUUUUUUUUAAACUAGGCUACGACUCAACAACUCUCUGUGCAUGGUUAAAACUACCAGUUUCCUGCUAGUCUGCUACAUUGUGUUUGUUGGUGUAAUUUUGUAACCAGCCAUGGAGUGUCAGUGUUGUUACAUUGUUGCCAGAGCGCUCUGAUUGUUGCCAGAGAUCAAAUUGCCGUUCAAAUGUCCCUCCUGGCUUGCCGUAUUGUUGUCACACAUAAAAUGGGGUGUGGAGUCCAGUGAUCAGACGCACAGCAAACAAGUUAUGCAGGGAAAAUUAGUCGAUUCUCUUUGGUCAUGUCUUCUUUUGAAACCAUAGUGACCUGCUCUUUAUCGAGUCUGACCACGAGUUGUAGGUAGACAGCGCAAACAGAAUGUGAACCAAUUCAAAUGGCGCUAUGCUUGCUAGCUAACUGUCAAACCGGCCAGCUAGCUGGUGCUGAAUUGUUGCUAAACACUGUUCUCUACUAGCCUACGACUACUCAUCUGUGUAUGUUAUUUUAAAACAUGACGGAGGCGACGAAAAACGACGACCAGCGACCGGUGCCGAGGGAGCAGGCUAUCCUGGAGAGCUUCUUCACCCAGCUCGGGAUGUUCACGUUCGACCGGGCGAAGGACUACGUGGAGAAGGAGAAGGAUACGAGCAAGAGUGCCGGGCCGAUAUGGGCCUCUCUGCUGGCCGCUCUCGCACACCUCGCAGCCGCCGAGAAAGCCUACCACAACAUGACCUUUCUGGGACAGAAACUGGGGGGCCAGUCAUUCUUCAGUCGCAAGGACUCCAUCCGCACCAUCUACACCUCCGUCUUCAAUGAGCUGAAGAAGGUCGUGGCCAUGGGCCGCCACACCCCUUCCUCUACCUCCUCCAUCUCCUCUUCCUCCUCCACUUCCUCCCUCUCGGGCUCCGCCUCCGGCUCCACCCACUUCCUGGAGGAGCUGCUGUGCCACCUGGCCGAGCAACUGUGCCACUUCACGCAGGCGCGGACGGAGAUUGCAGACUUCUAUGAGAAGAUGUACGCGCAGGCCAACCAGAAGAGCGUCAACUCGGAGGAGCUGCUCACCGUGCUCGAGGCUAUACUGCACAAGUAUAGCUCAAAGUUCCACCACCCCAUCCUGAGCCGCGUGGAGGGCUGCUUCCAGCUGGAGGUGGACGUCCUGUGCCAGCUGCUGCGUUGCCAGGUGGAGGUGAGCGAGUGGCGCUUCCUGCCCGCGCUGCUCUGCCUGCACGCGGCCCACACCAAGCUGCACGUCUGGGCGCAGCUCUUCGAGCGCCAGCGCGAGACCCGCAAGCACCUCUUCAGCGGCGUGCAGUCGGCCAAGUCCGCCCAGCCCCCGCACCUGUACCUCUGGCUCCAGCGCCUGCAGGGGGCGCUCCUCGCCAAGUUCAGCUUCUACUUCCACGAGGCGCUCAGCCGCCAGACGGCCGCCUCCGAGAUGAAGGCGCUGACGGCGCGUACGAGUCCGGACUACUACGGGAGGGCGUCGGCGUUCAUGCGGAGGCACGAUGCGGCGAGCGUCUCGCUGGUGUUCGACAACAGGGGCCAGGAGAGCUUCCAGGGGCACGGCUACCACCACCCGCACUCCUACCGGGAGCCGCCUAAAGGUGUGGAGCAGUUUCCCGCCGUGGUGUCCCUGCCGGCUGGCGAGCGUCCCGUCACGCACUGGCCCAACGUCAUCAUGAUCAUGAGCGACCGAGCGGCGGAACUCAACGCGCUGGAUAAGGUUGUGCACUUCUACGACGACAAGGUCCAGAGCACCUACUUCCUGUCUCGUCCGGAGCCCCACUUCACGCUGGUGUUGAUCUUCGACGGCCGGCGCUCGGAGAAGGACAGUCAUAUCACCGCCUUCCUGCUGGACAUCACAGGCAACCUCCGCAACACCAAGGCCCUCAGCUGGCUCAAACCCGGCUCCAAGGGAUGAAGAAUAGGACACACAAACACACACACACUGACAUAUACAUACUCUUGUGCCUUUGGAUCUGUCAGAAACAGGCCCUCAGCUGACUCAAACCUGGUUCCAAGGGCUGAAGAAUAGGACAUGGACACGGACACACACACACACACUCUGACAUAUUCACACACACACACACACACACACGCUCACACACACAGACACACACGGACACACACGCUCACACACACAGACACACACACACACACACACACACACACACACACACACACACAGGUGUUGGUUUUACAGAUGCUGCAGCGAGUACAAAUGUGAAGUUGCUUAGGUGCUUUAUGUCUAAUGUUGUUAGACUUUAUUUUUGCUUGAAAUAACACAAUGUGUACGUUUUAAAAAAUCAGCUAUAAUUUUUUUUUGUUUUGUUUUUUUAAAUGUAAAUUAAUUAAUGUACAUCCAAUGGUCCAGUGGUUCCGUGUGCAUAUCUGCAGUAGCUAGCCUCCUUGAUUCUUGACCAAAGCAGGUUGCUGCAGUGUUAGUGAGUCGUGUACGUCUUACACACACUUUUUGCACAUAAUUCUUCUCUUUUUUUAUUACUUGAUCUUUUAAUGUCCUUUGUGUAUAGGAUAACGGACUAACAAUUUAUUAUUCUUUAAAGGUAGAGUAUGUAGAAUCGCGGCAUGAGGCAUUGCAACUGUGCUGCUCAUUGCUACUGAGGCUGCCCAUUCCAAAUUUGAUCUUUUCAUGAAUAUUUACUAAGUAAUAAACUUAUAUUUACUGGUCUGACCAAAGCACUGCAGGUUUUUGCAGAUUAAGAUGUUUGGUACUGGCAAUUCAAAAUCUUGGACACAGAGAAGAUCCCUUUUUUGUAUGGACAUUUUCCCCAGUCAAUGAAUACUUGGAAAUGGAUGGCAUAUACUUAUGAAAAAGAGAAGAUAUGUGAAUGGGAAGCAUACAUUCAGGAAGUGACCUGCAAAAAAAUGACAUACUCUACCUUCAAUGUCACCCUUUUUUCCAAGAUGUGCUGCUAUUGUUGAAGACAAAACAUCUCUUUUAAUUUAAUUUUAAAUUUUAUUUUAGAAAAACUGAAUGUUUUAAAAGUGCCCGAUUGCUUGAUAGAGAUUCAUGUUUAUUGUUCUGGAGACUCAAAAUAAAGUUUUGAAUUUAUCAGAA